GUCACACGUUCGUUCAUUGAGUAGUUAACUACAUCCAUCCGUCACACGCACCGCACACAUGGAGAGGGAGGUGUCCAUGCCAUUCCAUGCCCGUAGGGGCAGGCAGGUAGGCACAUCACGGGGCGAUUCAAACCGUCCUUAACACUUGCUCAUGAGUUGUGGCCUCAUGUCUUGUGGCCGCCUGACUUAGCCAUUCCCUGAUGCCGUUUAUCGAUGACCAGUUCCAACCAGUCACCAACAAACAGCACAAGAGAAUCUGCCAAGCAGGCGACCAUCAAGCGGCGUGAGACGCACACUGAGAGUUAGCUCAACACACUUGGGCAAGCAAGGCAAAACGAGCACCUCACUCGCCACCACCCCGGCCAAUCCAACCCACCCCACAAGUACACGACACGCCGCACCCGCCCGCACCCGUCACUUGUGGGCGGCAGCGGCAGCCUCAGCGGCCGCCUUCUUCUUCCUGAUGUUCCACGCCUUCUCCAUCUCCUCCCGCUUCUUCUUGCCGCGGCGGUGUGUGCCAAGGCGCUUCUUGGAGAACUUGAGGGCGCGCUUCAGCGAGGCAGCCGUGCCGACCUUGAUGAGCUCGAUGAUGCGCUUCUCGUAGGGGGCGAAGCCGGCCACUUCGCGGAUGACCUCGCGGGCGAUCUUGACGCGGUUGUCGGUCUUCUCCUCCCCACCCUUGCCCUUCCUCCGCUGGGAAGGCUUGGGCGGCAACUCACGCUUCGUCACGAUGUAGCCACGGUCCUUCUUCCGACCGGCUGAUGUGAUGGCAUACACACACGCACACACCGACGCACAAGCACAGAACAGCCAGCAGUAAGGGAGGGAAAGGUGUGUGCGGCAGAGAUCUACUCUCCUCUUUCUGUUUUUGCGCUUAUCGUCGUGUUCACUGACCUGCUAUGCCCGUGUUUGUCGACAUCGUUCCGACACAAGCGUU